AUGGAAGGUGUCUUUGCUGGUAUUGGUGCUGCUGCUACUUGGGCUUUAGCCAAUUAUAUUUUUUCACAUAAUUUGGUAUCAUGCUCUCCUAUGUUAUUCAACUUUUUAACAGGAGUUGCUGCUAUUUUAAUUUUUGCCAUAGUUUUACCAUUCUAGGAGCAAUCUUUUCCACCAACUCCUUUCUAUUUUUGGAUUAUGCUCUAACUAUCUGGUGUUGUUGGAAUUGGAUUAGGAGACUCUUUGUUUUUUGGAGCUAUUAAAAAUAUUGGGCCUCGUAAAACUCUCUUGAUGGAAACCUUAGCCUCACCAUUUACAGGACUUAUUUCCUUCAUCUAUUUUGGUGAUUCUAUUGGAUGGUUAGCAUGGGUUGGUAUAUUUAUAGUCGUUGUAGGUAUAAUUAUUGUAGUAAAUGAGUAGUAAAAAAGAAGAGAUUCUGAAAUAUCUGUCGAACUAGUUGACUAUGAAAAUAAUCAAAAUGUGGUGUUAGAAUCUGUAAAGGACACAAACUAAGCUAAUAAUUUGUAAAUGAAAGGUUACCUCUAUGCAGUCGGAGCUAUGUUUUGCUAAGCUCUAGGUAUGGUCUUGUCAAGAGAUGCCCUAUCAUCGGGUUCCUUCAAUCCUAUUGCAAGUUCAUUUAUUCGCUAAGUAGCUGGUCAAUUCUCAGUCUUAAUACUUUUAGUAACAUCUCGUGAAAAAAUAUAUAUUCCACAAUAAACUAGAAAACAAAACUUUAUGCUACUUAUUGGUAUUUUGUUGGGAUAAGUUAUUUGUUUAUGGUUCUAAUAACUCUCUCUUUAGCACACAAGAGCUGAAAUUGCUUAGACUUUGAUGUCAACUUCACCAUUAUUUGCCUUAGCUUUAAGUAAAUACCAAGGAGAAGUUAUUUCACAGAGAGCUGUUGUAGGUUCUCUCACAGCUUUCGUUGGAGUUUGUCUCGUUGUUAAUGGAAAUUGA